CCGGGCAGCGCGGGCGGGGGACGGCGGUGACGGAAAGCGGCAGCUGGGGGGGGGACGGCAGCGCUGGGUUGGCUCCCUGCCCCCCUUCCCCCUCCCGGCCGGAGGAAGAUGGAGCUCGGUUAGCGAGGGCUGGCGGGAGCAGAUAAAACAGUGAAGUCUUUAACUGCUCCAGAAGAAGAGGAUCCGGAAGGAAAAUGUCUCUGGCAAAGAAGUAUCAGGCACAUGAUACUGCAGAGAUUCAAAAUCAGAAGUAAAUCAACUGGACAGUUGCCUCCUGCCUUCCUAAAUAGGCAAACAUAUUAGCAACAGAAGAAGGGGCCUACCUACCUCAUUCCUGGAGAAGGUGGGUUUGCUGCUGUGGAUGCCUGCCUCGUUUGCUUCACCAAAAUGAAUUAGGGCAUGCAGGAGAGAAGGGAGACUUUUGCAAGCAGAACUUAUCAUGAUUUCUCAGGGGACAAAAUUUUGCUUAUUCAUACCUUUUACUGUGGCAAAAAUGGAUUCUUUUCCUCACCAAAACCCAGCAGCAUAACACCCAUCCAACACCUGCCUCAAGGAAAUCUUAUUUAAAGUCCAUUUUUAUUUCCCUGUAGCUGUGGUGCAAGCAAGAGCCAACCAACAUCAUCUGCUGCCAAUAGAAAAUCUCCAUGCCAGACCUUACCCUUGGCACGAGGUAAAGUUGCAACUGAGGCUGUGAGGAGGAAUCAAUGGGAAAAAUCCAAUUCAUGCUCAGAGAUGGAGACCUUUUAGCCAGCCAGUGAGUCCAACUACUGCUGCAUGUCUGGCAGCACCUCUGAAUGAUCACAUGACUCUUGAUAUGGAUGCAGUCCUGUCAGACUUUGUUCGGUCCACAGGGGCAGAACCAGGUCUGGCCAGAGACUUACUAGAAGGCAAGAACUGGGACCUGACAGCAGCUUUGAAUGACUAUGAGCAGCUGCGGCAGGUGCACACGGCCAACCUGCCCCAGGUGUUCAACGAGGGCAGGUUUUACAAGCAGCAGGAGCCAGAGCAGCCUCCCCAGGUGACCAAGGCUGAGAGGCCCUGCCUGCAAAGGCAGGAUGACAUUGCCCAAGAAAAGCGUCUCUCCAGAGGGAUUUCCCAUGCCAGCUCAGCCAUAGUGUCCCUUGCUCGCUCCCAUGUAGCCAAUGACUGCAGCAAUGAGCAGUUCCCUUUGGAGAUGCCCAUCUACACAUUCCAGCUGCCCGACCUGAGCGUGUACAGCGAGGACUUCAGGAGCUUCAUUGAGAGGGACCUCAUUGAGCAGGCCACCAUGGUGGCAUUGGAGCAAGCAGGACGCCUCAAUUGGUGGUCCACGGUGUGCACCAGCUGCAAGCGCCUGCUGCCCCUGGCCACCACGGGUGAUGGAAACUGCCUCCUGCAUGCUGCCUCUCUAGGGAUGUGGGGAUUUCACGACCGGGACCUUGUGUUACGGAAAGCUCUCUAUACUAUGAUGAGGAGUGGAGCUGAAAGGGAAGCACUGAAAAGAAGAUGGAGAUGGCAACAGACUCAGCAAAAUAAGGAGUCAGGUUUGGUAUACACGGAGGAGGAGUGGGAGCGCGAGUGGAACGAGCUGCUCAAGCUGGCGUCGAGCGAGCCACGCACGCACUUCAGCAAGAAUGGGGGCACUGGGGGCAGGGUGGACAAUGCAGAAGAUCCAGUGUAUGAGAGCUUGGAAGAAUUCCAUGUUUUUGUCUUAGCCCAUAUCUUGAGAAGACCGAUUGUUGUAGUAGCAGACACAAUGUUACGAGACUCAGGGGGAGAAGCAUUUGCACCAAUACCAUUUGGAGGAAUUUAUUUGCCGCUUGAAGUUCUGCCAAACAGAUGCCAUUGCUCACCUCUUGUGCUGGCCUAUGAUCAGGCCCAUUUCUCUGCUCUUGUCUCCAUGGAACAAAAAGACCAACAGAGAGAACAAGCGGUGAUCCCCCUGACUGACUCUGAACACAAGUUACUGCCUUUGCACUUUGCGGUCGAUCCUGGCAAAGACUGGGAGUGGGGAAAAGAUGACAAUGAUAACACCAGACUGGCCAAUUUGAUUCUGUCUCUUGAGGCAAAGCUUAAUCUUCUGCACAGCUACAUGAAUGUAACCUGGAUCCGCAUCCCCUCUGAGACACGGCAGGCCCCUUUGGCUCAACCAGAAUCCCCUACAGCUUCUGCUGGAGAAGACGUGCAGUCUCUGGCUGACUCCAUGGACUCAGACCGAGAGUCCAUCUGUAGUAAUUCCAAUGGCAAUAAUGGCAAAAACAAUAAAGAAAAAGAAAAGGACAAACAAAGGAAAGAUAAAGACAAAACCAGGACGGAUUCAGUUGCUAAUAAAAUAGGAAGCCUCAGUAAAACCCUGGGAAUUAAACUGAAAAAGAACAUGGGUGGUCUUGGAGGUCUGGUGCACGGGAAGAUGAGCAGAGCCAAUUCAGGGAAUGGAAAAAAUGGUGACACAGUAGAGAAAGUCAAAGAGAAGAAGUCCAAGUCUCGCAAAGGGAGCAAAGAGGAAUCUGGACAGUCUGCUAGCACGUCUCCAUCAGAGAAGACCACUCCAUCUCCGACUGACAGAGCCAGCAGCUCCCCCACUGAAAAGGUGAACACUAAACCCUUUUCUGACAAGCAGUCUGACCCAUGGAAGUACAGCACAGACGUGAAACUCAGCCUAAAUAUUUUGAGAGCUGCCAUGCAGGGUGAACGAAAGUUUAUUUUUGCUGGCCUUCUUUUGACCAGUCACAGGCAUCAGUUCCACGAGGAGAUGAUCGGCUAUUACCUGACCAGUGCCCAGGAGCGCUUCAAUGCAGAACAGGAACAGAAAAGAAAGGAAGCUGAGAAAAAGGCUGUGCUGAAUGGCUCCUCUAGUAGGAAACUGGAGCCAGAGGCAUUUUCAAAAGAAAAAUUAGAACCAUCUCCUCAGGAUAGGGCAUCACCCGUCUUACCUCAAAGCCAUACAACCCAACUGGUUUUAAAGUUUAAAGACCACACUAGUCCCACUCCCGGGUCCUUUUCUUCACCCAGCAACGGUGCCAAGAGAAGCGGCCCCAUCCCGGUGUCUGCCCACUAUAGCCAUACCCCCCCCGUUCAAAGGCAAAGUGUCAUCCAUUUGCAUGACGUCAACUCCAAGCCAUCGAGCUUCCAGGAUGAUACCUACAAGCCAGUGGUUGGCACCCUGAAAACCUGUGCCACCUACCCCCAGCAGAACAGGUCGCUGUCCUCGCAGAGCUACAGCCCCGCACGGCUGCCCGGGAUGCGCACGGUGAACACGGUGGAGUCGCUGAGCUACGCCAGGCCGGCCGAACACAAGUCCCAGACCUACACCAACGGCUUCAACACGGGGGACGUCAGAGACUGCUUGGAGUACGCUGACGAGGACGCUCCUCAGAGCUGGCUGAACAACGACAAAAACCAAGGCAGAAGCACAGUUUGCCCAAUAUAUUCCAUCCAGCAGAACCGCUGUAAGAAGGAGAACUGUUCCUUUUAUGGUCGUCCUGAGACUGAAAAUUACUGUUCCUACUGCUACAAAGAGGAGUUAAAGCGCAGGGAGAGGGACAGCAAGGGACACAGGCAUUGAGGAUUCUUCCAUGACUACUUAGUUUUACCAUUUUCUUACUUACAAAGUAAACAGUGUUGGAUUGCAGUAAAAGGAAUCCUUAAAGAAUAAAGGAUUGAUGAGUAAAUAGUGUCUAGCUCUUCGCUUUUCUGGGGCAAUGAGGAAAUAAUAGGAAUAAUUUAUCAUAAAAAUAUUGUUUUCCAUUUUGUCAGUGUCUUUUUUACAUGUACUGGUAAGCUGAAGGGUUGUUUACUCCUUUGUCAGUGCAGUGUAUAUGUUUGGUCAAAAGUUUACUAAUGGUGCCUGAAUUUACACUGACAUCACUCAGGUAGUAGAAUGAUAGGGGAACGUCAUACUAGUGAAGAUGUGGUGUUGUAGUAGGGUAGUAUCUGCCUUGCAGACAUUUGAACUUAUAUAGGUAUAGAGUAUUUUUUCCUUAGUAAAACCUAAAUUUUUCAUAGCCUUUUUUUUUAGGAGGGUAGUGAUUUUGCAUACUGCACAUUUUUAACAUGGCAGCAUAUUGCAUUGCUACUAAUGUUUGUAUAUUUCAGUCUGAAAUUGAAUGAUUUGAGAAAAAUGGGAGUGAAAGGUCUGAAUUCAUGAGGGCUGUAGGUCAUCUUAAUUUUCAGUUCUUGUUCUUACCAAUUAUUUCUAAAUUUUCAUUGAAAAAAAAAAGUAGAUUUGAGCCACUUUUGUUUGCACUGAGUUUUUAAAGAGGUUUUAUAAGAACAUUCAAUAUGACUUCAUGUCCCCAAGCCCCCACACCAUAUCGUUCUGCACACCUGAAUUUCAGAAGUAUUUCCGUUGAUGUUAAAAUACAGAAAAAUAUUACAAGAAAAUAUUUUUAAAAAUUACUAGGUAUGGAAAAUUUGAUGACUAGCUAGGAAAUUUAGAAUCAUUCUAGACUCCAACUGCUUGCCAAAACCAAUGCAAUGCAUCAAGUUAUUGCCUUAGCUAGUGCAUGAACCUAAUCAUUAUUUACUUAUUCCUUCUGAACAUUAUUGAGUGAUAAUUAUUGCAAGUGUAACUACUUGAGCCUUUCUUGAAGACUGUUGGCUCCUCCUCUUUUGAAGUCUCCUAGAGUGAGUCAUCUUCCCCCCCAGGAGGCUCCCAGAUGGCUGUAAAAUGCCUCCAGCAGGAAUGGCAGCUCCUUGCACAGAUUUGCACAAGUCUGAGAUCCAAAUAUUUACAUGUUUGCAAUACUUCUGAAAACAAAACUUUGCUCACAGAAGCAUUUCUGCAAAGCAGACACUGCAGAUACUGUUGAAGUAGAUGGAUGCCAUGAGGAAGUUUUCUGGGAUACAGCUCUGGGUUUGCACCCCUCCACCAUCAACUGGCAGAAUGCAGAACAGGAGCUCUUUGGUGAUGUUACCCUUGUGAACAAUGGCUCAUUUUAAGAGCCAGUUUUGCAUAACAGGUGAAAGUACUGCCUUCAGGGCUGCUGACUCUGCCACCUCAAGGUGCAGAACAGGAGCUCUGCCUUCCUCAUUAGGGAAUAACACUUUUCUGGCCCACACAGGAAAGAUUCUUUGCCAAAGAGUCUCCAUUUCUGAUUAUUUGCUUGUUGCAGCCCAAUUUUAAUUCUUGACAACGGUGGCACCGUUGCAUACAGUUAAUCCUAAUUAACCCUGAAAACCAAGUCCCCUGUGAAACAAGAUACACAAACUUCUGCUGCUGUGUCCUGGCUUUCAGAAAAAGCAUGUGAGCUUUUCCAGUGUCCCAGACUGGUAGAACUGAGAACAUAUUUAAAAUUGACCAUAUUUUUAGGUUUUCUGCUGAAUGGGAGUUUUCAAAAUAAGUUAGCUGUUCCAUGAAUCCAGACCUGUACUUUGUACUUCUUACUGUAUACUAAGCAUACACUGAAUCUUACUGAACUUGCAUUCCUUCAUGAAAGGGAAAUAUUGGUAUUUGUUAAAGCUCCAUGUGACUUCUGUCCUUGAGGUAAGCAUCUUCCAAAUGCCAUGUCUCCUGUUGCAUACACUGGUAAGCAGUGUCCUGUUUUGCUUUGCUGUUGUGAUUAUUACAUUUAAGUUCUAAUUGUCAAAGAAAACUGGGAUUGCAAAUUAUUCUAAAACAAGCCAGACCACGUUAAAAGAAAUUCAGUAUCAUACCUGAUUGUAUUUGCUGCUGAGACUGAGAAAACUGGCAGGAUAAGACUUCAAGAAAAACAGAAAUAUUUAAGAAUUCUUAGGGCAUUAGAGUAGCAGAACUGUGUGAUACUCUAAGAAUAAUUUCUGUGUAAAGUUGUCCUUAAGAAAUACUACAUUAGCAGCAAACCACACCAGCCCAUGUGCUUAAGUGAGUUACAUCUGUUCUGAAUGAGGAAAAAAGCAGUACAUGUGUAAAAAUAAGCAAUUACCAUAAGAUUUUGCUGUUUCCCAUUUUCACUGGACUUGUUUCUAUAGUAUGUUUUUAAGAUCUUCUCAUAAAAGAAAGAGAUUUACAACUGGUCAGCAUUUAGGUAUAAUUUACUCUGUUCUGAAUUAUUUAAUACAUCGUGCUUGUGUGUUAGAUUAUUUUGAAAAGUUAGUCCGUCUUGUCUGUGUGGGGUACCAAACCUGAGUGUUCAUUAUCAUCCUCAGGACACUCAGAUAUUUCAAUAAAUAUUUACCUCUAUAGGAUUGCUCACUUUAAAAUAUCUGUUGUAUGAAAUACUGACAGAACCCUUUUUAGUUGUGCUUAUUUCCUUAGAAUCUUUUUGUUGGGAUAUCUUUGAAUAAUUUUCUAAUUGCUGUUUUCUUUUAGAAUUCUCUUCAAACAUUAUUUCUGUUUCUGGGCUUUGUGGCAGCUGUGCCAUAGCUGUCAUUAAACAGACCAAACAUGCAGAAACUGUGCCCUCCUCCUGAAGAAGUGUUGUUCCAUUAAAAGAAGACUGUAACUAUAGAAGAAAAUUUUCUACCUAUUUUUUUAGAGAGAAUUUCCAAUUGCUUGUGAGUUGCAUUCAUCAGGGCUGAAAGACAUUGUGCCAUUCUUUAGCUACAUGCUAGAGGUAAUUAUAUUUGGAUUUUUUUUCUGUUGUACUGUAUGCUAACCUCUCAGUGCUCUUUUGCUUUAUUUUUCCUGACAAUUGGAAGUGUUUGCAGCCCACAGACCAGCCAGCCCUGUGCCUGAUCUGCUCUCCCUACACCCUCCAGAGCUGUAGAGUUCCCACAUAGUCCCAGAUAUGGAGAAAUCAGCUUUGCUUUGGAGGGAUCCUACUCAUUCCUUCUGUUAGCCCGACUGGCUGCAAUGCACACGUGUAUUUUUGCAUUUGUAUGUGCUUUCCCCCCCCUCUCUUCUUGAUAUUGAUUCAGCAUUUGUCAUUGCAGUCCAGAUUUCGGAAGUAUAGAGUAAAUACUGGGUAGGCUACACCUUCCCAGAUGGAUCACCAGGAAAUAUUUAGGUUGGAGGAAGCUGGAAUUCUUUUAAAGUGUGAAUGUGCAAUUUUUCUAAUUUAAAAAAGGCUUAAACCUAUUAUGCAAUUUUUUUUUUUUUUACUUUGUUCUAAACUCUGAUGCAAAUGUCGGUUUGUAACAGAGGAUACCUGUGAUACAUAAUGGGUUUCAGUCAUGCUUUAUAUUAAAGUUUCAUUUAAAAUUAUUAAUACAGAGUUAAUAAACCACUGUUAGAGUUUACUAAUAUAUUUUCAAAGGUGGGUGUCAGUUGUAGCAUAUGGCUAACAAGCAGCUCAUUCAGAAGAUUUUGUAGGUUAUCAAAAGUAACUUCAGAUUUUGGAUUUUAAAGCAAUUGGUGAACCUUUUGUUCUAGAAAUACAAUGGCAAUAUUGUCCCAGCUUUCUUUAGCAAUUAGUUGCUUCUUCCUGAAUCAAAAGUAACAUGAGGAGCAUCAGUAAAAGAAAGGUGCUGUACUUGAAAAGCUUUGUGUUGCUGGUAUCCUAGAAGUCUGAGCAAGCCAAGUGGAGCGUUCAGGGUGUUUGUGGGGCUGGGAGCUGAGGUGUGAGCAGUGCAGCGCUGCCCAGGACCGUCACAGCCGGCUGCAGGGCCCGGAGGGCUGCUCCUCAUCUGCUGGGGUGGUGAACGUGCAGGUAUCAAAACACAGCACAGAGCUGACAAACACUGCCCUCCACCUCCCCUCUUUGACACAGCCACACUGGUGCUCACCUUCACCAGUGGGACUGCUCUCCCUGACAGCAAGCAGGCUGCUUCUCUUCAGAAACUCUCAGCAAGUGUUACACAAGAAAUGUUUUUGAUGGAGGCCUGAGCCUUUGGCAGUGCCUGCUCCCCACAGGCUGCCUACCUUCCUCUUCCAAGGAGACAGUGGAUGAGAAUUCUGCCUGAGGAGUAGAGAGAAGCCUUAGGUCUGUUUGGGCUACCUUUGCUGUCCUCUGCAGUGCGUGGACAGAAUCCCAUUAGCAGUGGGGGCCUUAAACCAGGUGCUUCAUUGACAUGUAAAACAUUGCAAACUGGCUAGUAAGGGAGUACGGUCUUGAUAGCACUGUGAGUGUUUUGCACAGAUGAAAACCCAUAUGUUCAUAGAAACCACAAUGAUCUCAAAUAAACAUAAGUCCAGAGAGGCAAAAUAACUGAUGCUGAUUGUAGAUGGCGUUUUAGCUUAGUGUAUUUUAAGUCUCUGUCAGUGUAUUUGAAGAGUAUUUGUUUUAAGGAAUGGCAGCUUAUGUGGAGGAUCACCAAACUAUAGCAUAGAAAUGAAAUUAUUUCAGUAACAGACACUAAUAUCUAUUUUAAUUUGCACAUGGAUUUCCAGUGUAUUUGACUAAAAUAUUAUAUUGUUAAAAAUGAGAGGAAAACAACACAAAGGUGUUUGUAAGUAUGUUCUAUUUCUAGACUUAAGGCUGUAUUAUGUUGGAAUUCUACAAGCCAAGUUUAAAUUGUAAUAUAGAAAUUAUUUUUAUAUUAUUUUCAAAAUACGUUACAGAGCAAUAUUUUGCACCUUUAUUAUAAACAGGGUCAUCAUUUUAGUGGGUUACUUUCAGAAAUGCUGGUAGAAAUUAACCAUGAAAAGAAAGCUUUGUAAAUGUACUUGUUUUUAACUGCUCUGUCUGUUGUGCACAUUGUAUCUAAUAUGAGUUGAAGAUACAUUUUUUUUUUUCAAUUGAAAAGCUUUAAAUUUUUCUUUAUAUAUUUUGGUACAACACUGUUCCUCUCUAUUUAAUUCUCUUCCAACCCUAGCCAAUAGCCACUUUUAUAAGCAGCUUCUGAAUAACAUGCAUCUGGAAAAUUUCUUUACCAAGUGAAACAUUUCUGCACAGGUAUUGAUUGACUUGGGACAUUCAUGAUACACCCUGAACCCAUUGGAGUAGGAUUUGUUUGGGUUUUUUUAAAAAAGAAUCAGCUGUUUAUUAUUCCUUCAGAAUGAAAGUCAAGAAUGAAUGCAACCAUUUAGCAUCUGGAAUAAAAAAAUCACUCUAGAUAAUGGAAAUGUCAUCCCUUAUUGGCAGGUACAUCCUCUUAAUAUGUAUCAAGUAGGCAUUAGCUUCUUGCAGAUUGAAGUGUUCAGAUUUUAUUUCUUCAUAGUUCUUUUUACUGUACAUAUUAAUUACUGAUGAACUGUGCAAAGAAAAAGACUUCACAAACUAAUGCCUAUGUUAAAUUAGAAGUCUGUGUAGUUUUUAAAAUUCCCUAACUUUUUUGGUUUAGUUUGUUGGGAUUUGUUUGUUUAAGAAUUACUAUUAAGGUAUUUACUGCAACCAAAAUUUUCAAACCUAGAUACCUAAUGACUGUGCAUCUGGGUUUCUCCUGAUCAAUAGACUGUUUUUAAGGUGUAUUGAGCAUCAGUUUGUGUAGGAAGAAAAGCUCCCUCUUGGUUUCAGAAAAUCAAUUGAGUGUUACUCAAACACAUAUUCAGGUCUUUUCCUUAUUAGCACUCUACACUUCAGUCAGUGGAAUUUACAUUUUAUCUUUAGCGUUCUUCCAUGUGGGAACAAAUAGUUGGGCUUAUUCAUAAAAUGAUUGUUUGAGUAUGGAAAGACUUGCCUUGUACCAAAACACCACAUAAUUGUUUAACUGUUGCAUUCUUAAUGGGGCUCUUGUAUUCCACUGCUGGGGUGGGGAAAUAAGACCUUAUUUUUUCCUUGGGUAUCAUGAUCCUGUUCUUUGUCUGGUUGGGUUAUUCCUCUGAAGUGAAUAUGCUGUUCUGAUUGCUGUUUUCUGAUGGUUUAUCUCCCAUUACCUGAAUGCCUGUACUGUACCAAGAGAAUUGAAAUGGCUGAUGCACAUUUGCACUGUGGAACAGGCCAUGUGGGUUAAAGCCACCGUGUUCCAAACAGCCUUAAAAUUAUGACUCUCUGGGGACUGAGAGUCACUUAACUGGAUGCAGCCUCUGUCCUACUUCCUCAUUUAACCAUGACUGUAAAACUUUCAAGCCUGCUGUAGUCUGUGUGUCUCUAGACACAUUUAUCUGAAUACCCUGUAAUCUUAACAGAAAAUUUUCUUUAAAAUAUUGUGCUUCUUUGAUGAGUGUUAAUGUGUUAGGAAACCUUAGUCAAAAGAGGAGAUGGAGUAAAACCAGAGAAAUUACUGUGGCUAGUGGAGGAACCAGGGCACCAAAAUACUAAAAAGGGGGAAAUUAUUAAGAUGUAUCAAAGCCUAUUUCCUGUCAACAUUGUAUGUUUUGUAGAUCUUCCUGUAUUCUGGGAAAACAGAGAAAUGUUUUUGCCAUUCAUCUCUGCAUCUAAUGGAGCCUCUUACUUUGUUGCAGAGGUUUGCUCUUGGGAAAGACAAGAGAAAAGGAAGUAGUCUUCCCUUCUUAAAGCAAAUUCUAGAGGCAGAAUCAUCUGAGAUUGCAAAAAUAUGAUCCAAUAUUGGAACUGAAUAGUGCCUAAUUCUUACGUGCAUUCUGUAUUUAAUUUCCAUUUUGCCCCUUUCAAACACCAUUUCUUUAGAAAAAGAAGGAUGGGGAAAUUAAGAGACUGAGCUUGUAUGUUAAGGAUCCAGUUCUUCCUUCUUUCACAUGUGGAAUCUCUAUAAACAUGAGAAGAGUUACACUAGAGUUGCACUUACCCUGCUGAGAGGUAAAAGCCACCAAAUAGGUAAAUUCCAUGACAUUGCGUUGCCACAGAGUAAAAUGGAACCUUUGCCUGAUGAAGGCUGACAGCAUGUCAGCAGCCUGAGAGCCAUGGCUGCCGUAGCUGAAACAGCAGCUCUUGGUCAUUCUUGCCUUUAACACAGGUGCAGUUCACUCUGGCCCACGGUGUCUGAACAGUAUCUUUGUAGUAAAGAUGAAGUGAAACACUGCCUUGCUGCCAUUUGCUUCCAGGUUUGAGUAAAAAAAAGCCUCUUCCCCAUGCUUUUGGUUAAAAUAUGCAGGAGAUGCAGCAGCAGUAUGUGGCAUCUCACGCUCAGAGAAUGCCCCACAUCUCCUUUAAAUGGGCUUUGCAAUCAGGUAUGAAUUGAAACACAGCCAUGUGGGCGUCACAGAAGCGCUCUCAUCUCUCAACUUUGAAAAUUGUGUGCACUUUAAAUACUAACAAAAAUGGAGCAAUGGUUUUAUUGUUUAUUUGCUCAAGAUUCUGAGUAGUGUAAAUACAGUCUUUGUAUAAUGCACAGUGUGUGUACAGUACAGAAGUGCUUUUCCCUCAGAGCCACCGGAGAGUUUUGCAUGCACACGGUGCCCAACUCUGCCCACUCACCCUAACCAAGGGGAACAAACAGGAUUUAGGCCUAGACUAAAUAAUGGAUGAAAUUAGCCACAUAGACCUAAACAGCUGUGAGUACCCAAAUGAAAUGUUCUAGGCCAACUUUGACAGCUUUGUACAAAACUCCAUCCUAAUGACUGAGAUUAGGUUUGUGCUUUUUCCUGGGGAGGAGCAAUUACUUCUGUGUCUUUUCCAAGCCCAUUGCUCUUAGUCUCUAACUCCUGUGUUUGUAAUGUGCCAGGCUUAGCAUGAUUCAGCUAGGAAGCAGUUUUUAAAAUCUCCAUAGAGCUCUUGUUUUCUUUUUGGAAUCCAUCUCGAGUUUUACUUUGCAUUUAAUUUUAAGACAUAAAAUAUUAUGAACUUUUCAUAAUGCCUUGAAUUUGUCUCUUGUGGGGCUGAAAGACUUUGUUCUCCUUGGGAGGCCUUGUUCUUCUUCAUUGAGUCUUGUGACUAACACUUUUGUAUGGAAAAAGUUGAAUGAACCAUUGAAAGUAUCUCUGCUGUUUACAUGUACUUCUGCCAUUUGGUACACAUUGUGUUGUUAAAACCCAAUGCCUCUCAGACAUGGGCAAAGCUUGAAGGACAGUCUGAAGUACUAGAUGCAAAAGGUAUAUGUAGUUAAUUCAUCAGAACUCCACUGUUGCUAUUAUAGAAUAUGCCCCCCCCCAAUUGCUUGUACAUAUUUUUUCCUAUUGCUAACUUUUGUUUAAUUUUCUGUUUCCUUAGACAAAUUCUAAAGCUCUUUGUCCUUAAAGCCUGUGAUAGAUUUUCCAGUAAAGAUUUGGUUUUGCAGUUCAGGUUGCAUAUAGAGUGGCUUGUCUCCCAAACAAGAAUUAAGGUAACAGAUGUUGCACCCUUGGCUUAAAAAAGUAUUUUUACUCAUUAACUGAGAGUCUCUGUUCAAUUAUAACCAAAGCUAAUUAUAUAAAGUUUAAAGUGUCAGGACUGGUAAUGUGACUCUACCGAAUAACCUGACCAACUCAGCGUUUUUAACCCAUAGAAAUGUACCCAAAUAAAUGUAUUUGUAUUUGAAGUCUAUUUCAAAGAAAGUAGUUGGCUCUCACUGGGGCUUAAGCAAAUGUUAAUAAAGUAAGUCUCUCUGAUUUUGGUUGGCUGAGAAUUCAACUUCUUCAUAGUCUUACCACUCUUCUCAUUUUUCAGAGUCUGAGUUUCUUGUUGCCUUCUAUAAGUUUAUGCUCUUUUAGCAAAUAUUGACUUAGGCUUUCAGUAAACUAUGUAAUAAAAAUUACAGAAAUUUAUUUAUAGCUGAAAUUACUCUUCAGGUUUUUUGUUUGAUCAUUUUCAUGCAAAAAUGAAUUAAUUUUUCUUUUCCCAUUUCCCCUCCGUAUUUAUAAUUUCAAAACACACUUAGUUGCAGUCACCUUUCUCUGCAAAAGAAAACAGUUGAUCAUUUUUAAGCUGACUGCCAUAUUGUUUGAAUCCACUGUUAAAAAGAAACAGGAGCAUUAAUUAACAUUCAAGAAUAAGAAAUAUUUCUUGUUGUGAAAAAUGUGAGUUCUUGAGAACCUUUUCUACAUACAGUUUUCAUUCAAGUUAAAUGUCAUUUUUAAUCUGAUCCAUACUUUGACAAAGAUGAUGUGUAAGAGCUGUUUUUAGCAGUUGGAUUGUUACUUUGUAAAGUAUUAAAGCACUAAACCAAUUUUUGCAAUAGGUAGUAAAACUUGCUUUUGUUUUGAAAAACUUCCAGUUAUAACUGUUGCACUUUUUAUAGCAGAACUGUAUUUAAUUUCUUUCUUUUAUGAAAGAUUACUCAAAGUAACUGAUAGCUCUGUAAUCUGUGUGAAUUGGCUUCUCCAUUAUUUGAAUCUGAGAGAAGCUAUGAUGCCUAUUCAAUAAAAUUAACUUAUUUCUAAAGUA